GCUAAAUAUAUAAAUCUUAAUUUUCGAAAAAAAGGGGAACCAAGAGUAACUGAUUUUCAAAUUGUAGAAGAAAAAUUACCUCCUCUUAAAAAUGGUGAAGUUCUUGUUGAGGCAGAAUUUUUUUCAGUUGAUCCAUAUAUGCGAUCGCCGACAAUUAAUAGGUCAAAUAUUGGCGCUGUUUUUCAUGCAAAUCAGGUGGCUAAGAUAAUUGAAUCAAAAGAUCCACAAUUUCCUGUUGGUAAAAGAGUUAAAGGCUAUUAUGGUUGGAGAACUCAUACAAUUAUCAAUCCCACAAAAUGGGAUCAUUCUGGAUUUUUAAAUGAGGUACCGAGAGUAUUACCUUCAUUUGACGAUUUACCUUCUUCUCUUUAUCUCGGAGUUCUUGGCAUGCCCGGAGACACUGCGUAUUUUGGAUUUUUAGAAAUUUGCCAACCUAAAGCAGGUGAGACACUAGUUGUAAGUGGAGCUGGUGGAGCAAUUGGAUCGCAUGUUGCACAAAUUGGAAAAAUUAAAGGUCUCAAUGUUAUUGGUAUAACUGGAACUGAUGAAAAAUGUCAUUGGCUUACUAAUGAUUUGGGAAUUGAUCAUACAAUUAAUUAUAAAACUGAAAAUGUGUCUUUAGCACUGAAAAAAAUUGCACCCAAUGGUGUUGACUGUUAUUUUGAUAAUGUUGGUGGCAAUAUUUCUGAUGCUGUAAUUAAUCAAAUGAAAGAAUUUGGACGAAUUUCAAUUUGUGGAAGUAUUUCAAGUUACAGUGAUGAUACUUUAAAUCAAAAAAGAUCGACAAAAUUUUUUCAGGUAUUAUUUCUGACAAAACAAUUAAAAAUGGAGGGUUUCAUGCUACCAAGAUGGAAACAUAGAUAUGGAGAAAGUUUUGAGCAAAAUUUAAUGUGGAUUCGUGAAAAAAAACUCAAAUAUCGCGAAACAAUUUACGAAGGUUUUGAAAAUACAGUCAAUGCUUUUGUCAGUUUAUUGCGGGGAGAAAAUAUUGGAAAAGCCAUUGUUAAAUUAUAA